AUGGCUAAAGGGAAACGAAGAAAGAAGCCCCUCAGCAGCAUGACCAUGCUGAAAGAGGACAUUCGAGUGGAGGAGAAGAGCUCCCUCGAAGAUAGCACAGUGUUCUCAAAGUCCCUUGGAAAAGCUGAAAAGGUGAGCAAGCUAUGCAAAGCCCCUAACUGUGCCCAUGCUGCCAUCUGCUCUGUCUUUAUAAAAGAUGAAGAGGACUUCAUAGAUGGCAUUGAACCAGAAGAAGGCACUCCUUACUGUGCAUGUGCCCUCCACUCUAACAAACAAGUCAAGACCUUCCGAGGAAUGAAAAUUCUCAACAGAAUAGAGAAAGUGGUAUCUGAUGAGGAAGAACCACUCCCAAACAGGCCAACAGCUCCAGCAGCUAAAACCCUACAACAGACUCCCACUGAGCAACCCACAAUUGCAGUAAGAGUCUCCCCCAUGAGUUCACCUGAACUUCAAGCUCUACUAAAAAAGAAAGGAAAUUCAGCUUCCUCUAACUCUAGCCAACCUAGUGCAUCUCUAGCUUCUUCCCUUGUGAAGUUCAAGACUGUACCAACAUUGCAAAUUAUGAAGCUGAAGUCGAAAACAGACAUGGCCUGA